CGGAAUCAAGCCUCACUAAAUCCCGGUUAAAGCGAAAGCUGAAUCCGGUUCAAACAGCGCGUUUGUUUGGGUUUUGGAUCCGGAUUCGGAUCCGGGUCUGGAUGCGAGUCCAGGUCCUUUUAUACAUGUUGACAUCAUGUCACUGCAAAGGUAGUUGUUGCGUCUUACAAAGCUCUCUUCUCCGCACUACGUCUUCCUCAGUUUUUUUUUGUUCUGCAAUGUCUUGUUCUGUCAGGGCGAAAACAAGAUUGGGGAUGGAGUCUAAUCUAAGCGUUCACGAGGUUCUCAACACGUUCGACACUCUCUCUGAGAUCCUCCUCUUGCUACCACCUGAGGAGACAUACAAGCUGAUCCUCGUCUCUAAGCGGUGGCUCCAGAUCAUCUCCAGCCCUUUCUUCCGCCACGCCUACCUCGCCAAGUGGAAACCGAACUUCCACCUCAUCGGCUUCUUCAUCUCCAACACCUCCUACGUCGGCAAGAAGCACGUGGAGCGUGUCCGCCGCCCUCGCUCCGAGUCCUCCAUGCCCUUGCUCUCCACCAGCAGUUUGGGCGACGAGGUGGAGACCUCUGGUGCUUUGAAGAAGCUCGGUUACUACAUUGACUCUUCGAACGGUGUGCUUCUCUGCGGGAGGCAUCCGAAAGCUUACUACUUGUGGGAUCCGGUUACGAGGAAGCAGCAUAAGAUCCCGCGGCAUAGGGUUCAUUUCGAGGAGGUUUGUAUGUCUUUGAUCACUGAGGAUUGUCCUGUUGAGGGGUUUAGCUACAAGGUGGUGCGUGGGGAGUGUGUUUCUUAUGCGGCGCAGAGUAGUAAGGUGAGAGUGGAGAUUUAUUCUUCUAAGACCACCACGUGGAGCUACUCUGAGCUGGCUUGCAAUGAGGCGGUGUCUCUCACUCCCUGGACUGCAGGGAGAGUGAUUAAAGGUGUGGUUUAUUGGUAUGCUACGGGAGGUAAAGUUGCUAUCUACGACACAGAAGAUGAGGAGAAAAGGAUCGAUGUGAUAAAGCUUCCGAAGACGUUUAACUACGAUGAGCAGGUUCUGGGAGAAUCCUCUGAUGGGUGUUUGCAGUACGGAUGGAGUAAUAAGUCUGUGAUGGAGAUUUGGGAGCUGGAGAAGGUUGGCGAGGUUCUUGAGUGGAGCAUUCAGUUUAAGGUGAAUUUCAAGGCCAUGUGGAGGUUGAACCCGGUGGAGUCUGCGAGGUUCAGCACUAGGACUAAAGAGACGCAGCUGCUUGCGUUCUUUAACCAGAACUCUGACUCGGUUUUCAUCAGAUGCGACUCGCACAUCUACGUGUUUGACGUUAAGACUCAGAGGGUUCAAGAGGUUCAGUACCAAGGACGAGGGUCUUCGUUCGUUUGGGAUUACUGCAAAGUCUUGCCUUACUUUCAGCUAUCGUGGCCUUGUUGUUCUUCUUCUCUCUUGGAAGAAGGAAACCAGUAGGUAGCUUUAUGAUAAUAAUAAUCAGUUAGUGUGUAGGCCUCUAAUAUCAUUUUGGUGUUAUGGCCAGUGGAUUAUAUGGGAUUUAAUGUUUUUUGUUUGACCAUUGAUGAACCUCUGAUGGGCUAUUGAACUACUGUUUAGCUAUUGAAAGAUUGUGCUUUUUGUAAUGAUGAUCAAGUUUUUGCGUUUGCGUUUUUCA